AUGAAUAUUUUGCAAUCGAAAUAAAGUUAAGACGGUUUAGAGACAACAUGUAAAAUUCACAAUUUGGAAUUUAUUGCUGUUGACUUGGACAUGUCAGAUAAAUCAUAGAUUAAGUUUUUUUGUGGUAAAUGUUUAGUUGAUAAAUUAAAUAAUAAUAAAGUGACAACAAUUGAGUAAUCAAAAGAAAGAAUAACAUAAAUGAAGACUUAAUAAUAAGAAAUAAAGAUUAAAGAGAAUCAAACAAGACUAAACUAUUAUAAGAAUAUUUUAGAUUAAAUAAUGGAUUUUAAAAGAACGAUAGAUGAUUCUUUAGAGAAGAUGUAUAAGUAAAUAUAAUAAUAUAUCUUUCCAAUUUAAAAGGAAAAAUAAGAAUUACAAGAAAUUUAAUAUCAAUUCAAUUAUUUUGAAGAUAUAAAAUAAUUAUCAGAAUUCUAUUCUUCAAAUAUGUAGAAAUCAACUAAAUUAAUAGAAGACAACUCUUUUAUCGAUUAAUUAACAAGAUAAUUUGAAUUAUUAUUUAAUAAUGCUGAAUAUUUUUAGACUUAAGAUACAUUUAAAAGUACAAAAUAAACAAUUGAAGAUUUAAUUGAUAAUAAUGUUAUUGAAUUAUAACCAUUAUUAUAAACAAAUAAUGAAUCUGUAAUAUUUCAUUAUUAAUUAAUAGAGAACACCUAGUUUAAGUAGAGUUUGUAUAAAUCAUAAAAAGGAAAUUAUUAUGAUUGAUAUGGAUUCUUAAAAUAAGAAAAUUGAAGAUAGAUUUGUUUGUGUUGAUUGUAUAUCUGAUAAUCCAUAAAUUAAAUAUUAAACAAUUCAAAAUGUUAAUAAAUAAUGGAUUGAUUACAAUUCAUAAUCUUCAAACAUAUUUUUAUAGUAUAAAUAGGAAAAUACACAAAAAAGAUAUGAUUUAUUCAAUUAAAUUGCUCAAAUGAGAAAAAAUUAUAAUUAGAAAUUAAAUGAAAUUAGUGAUAAGUUAAUCUCAGAAUAAUUCUAAUCUAUUAACAAAAGCAAAAAUUCUAAUUAAAUUAAAAGGAUUUCAAUAUAGUCUUUAGAAGAUGAAUAAUUAUUAAUAGAUUUAAGAUAAUUAAUUGAAAAAGAAGACGUAAGUUAAAAUUAAGAUUUAACAAGCUUAAAAAAUAAAGAUUCGAUUUUCCAGAAAGAAAUUGAAAAUCAUUUAGAAUCAUUAAAAUUAUUUGAUUAAUUAGAUAUCCAAUAAUCAAUAGAUAUACUUAAAGAAAUAACAAGUAUUAAUGUAAUUAUAUAUAUAUUAGAGAAGAAAAAUUAAAUUUUAUAAUUAUCAGAUAUAGUCUCUUAAAUUUCUAAAUGUACAUAGACAAAUGAUGAAAAUAAUCAAAAUUAGAUUGAAUUUAUUAAGGAUAUCUCUGAAUUAAUUGAGUAGGCUAAAAAAUAUUAAUGUUAAAUAAACUUAUUUGAUUAGACUGUCUCUCUAUUUUAAUAGCAUACUAAUAAAAUUGAAUAAAUUUAAUAAAAAAUUUUGAAUUAAACUAAAGAUUAGGUUAAUAAUUAUAUUAGACUCUAUCCAAAGUAUUGAAUAACUAUAUUAAUUUAUUUGAUAAUAACAAUAAAUAGAUUAAGAAAUAUUGUAAUAUUCAAUAAUUGGAAGAAGAUCUACUAAAAUUAACAGAAAUCAAUAAAAAUAUAACAAUUGAUAGUAAUUUUAUAAAUCAAUAUAUAGAAACUAAUUAAUUAAACCAAAUGUCCAAGUAAUUAGAUGAAAAUUAGUAGGAAUAUUAAAAAUUAUUAAAGGAAUAAUAAAAUAAGAGUAUUUCUAAUUUAAUUUUAUAGAUUAAAACUAAAUCGAUGAGUUAAUUGCAAAAUUAUAAUCAAUAGAAAAAGAAAACGCAAAUUUCAAAGAGUUAAUUAAUAAAAAAAUUUAAGAAAUAACAAAUCUUAAGAAAUAAAAUGAAGAGGAUAAAUUACAGAUUAUUAAGACUUUAGAAGAUCAAAGUAAUCAUUUUCUAAUUACACUUAGCAAACAAAUAAAUUGAAGAAAUGACUAAAAGAAUCAAUCAAAAGGAGUUAGAGUUUCAAAAAGUUUAAAGACAAUUUGAUUAGAUUAAUCAAGAAAUAUUAGAAAAAGAAAAACAAUCUAAAUUAGAAUUAGAAUAAGUAUUCUAUUUCAAUAUUUUAUUACUCUUAGAUUAAGCAAUAUCCUAUAACUUUAUUAUUUUCUAAUACAUAUAAGGGUGCAAAUUGUUAAGUAACUGAAGGUGGAAAAGUUGUUGAGUAUAGUGGCGAUAGCUAGUUUUAUUGUCUUUGUGAAUAAGCAAUUCCAAAGAAUGGGAAAACACUGUUUGCAUUCAAAAUGAUCAGUGGAACUAACUUUCGUGUUGGAAUAGGCUUCAGAGAUAUUAUAUAAAAAAAUAAUUACUAAAAUUCAGGGGUUGGGUAUGGGUAUUAAAUCAAAUCAUAAUAGAUCAUAUUUGAUACGUNGAAUCAUUAAAAUUAUUUGAUUAAUUAGAUAUCCAAUAAUCAAUAGAUAUACUUAAAGAAAUAACAAGUAUUAAUGUAAUUAUAUAUUUAUUAGAGAAGAAAAAUUAAAUUUUAUAAUUAUCAGAUAUAGUCUCUUAAAUUUCUAAAUGUACUUAGACAAAUGAUGAAAAUAAUCAAAAUUAGAUUGAAUUUAUUAAGGAUAUCUCUGAAUUAAUUGAGUAGGCUAAAAAAUAUUAAUGUUAAAUAAACUUAUUUGAUUAGACUGUCUCUCUAUUUUAAUAGCAUACUAAUAAAAUUGAAUAAAUUUAAUAAAAAAUUUUGAAUUAAACUAAAGAUUAGGUUAAUAAUUAUAUUAGACUCUAUCCAAAGUAUUGAAUAACUAUAUUAAUUUAUUUGAUAAUAACAAUAAAUAGAUUAAGAAAUAUUGUAAUAUUCAAUAAUUGGAAGAAGAUCUACUAAAAUUAACAGAAAUCAAUAAAAAUAUAACAAUUGAUAGUAAUUUUAUAAAUCAAUAUAUAGAAACUAAUUAAUUAAACCAAAUGUCCAAGUAAUUAGAUGAAAAUUAGUAGGAAUAUUAAAAAUUAUUAAAGGAAUAAUAAAAUAAGAGUAUUUCUAAUUUAAUUUUAUAGAUUAAAACUAAAUCGAUGAGUUAAUUGCAAAAUUAUAAUCAAUAGAAAAAGAAAACGCAAAUUUCAAAGAGUUAAUUAAUCAAAAAAUUUAAGAAAUAACAAAUCUUAAGAAAUAAAAUGAAGAGGAUAAAUUACAGAUUAUUAAGACUUUAGAAGAUCAAAGUAAUCAUUUUCUAAUUACACUUAGCAAACAAAUAAAUUGAAGAAAUGACUAAAAGAAUCAAUCAAAAGGAGUUAGAGUUUCAAAAAGUUUAAAGACAAUUUGAUUAGAUUAAUCAAGAAAUAUUAGAAAAAGAAAAACAAUCUAAAUUAGAAUUAGAAUAAGUAUUCUAUUUCAAUAUUUUAUUACUCCUAGAUCAAGCAAUAUCCUAUAACUUUAUUAUUUUCUAAUACAUAUAAGGGUGCAAAUUGUUAAGUAACUGAAGGUGGAAAAGUUGUUGAGUAUAGUGGCGAUAGCUAGUUUUAUUGUCUUUGUGAAUAAGCAAUUCCAAAGAAUGGGAAAACACUGUUUGCAUUCAAAAUGAUCAGUGGAACUAACUUUCGUGUUGGAAUAGGCUUCAGAGAUAUUAUAUAAAAAAAUAAUUACUAAAAUUCAGGGGUUGGGUAUGGGUAUUAAAUCAAAUCAUAAUAGAUCAUAUUUGAUACGUGAUGAUGGUCAUACUUACUCUCAUCAUAAUAAGGAUGUAAAUUCUAAAAAAUUAUCAUUCAGUUUUACAACUAACGAUGUAAUAAUAAUUGAAGUAAGUAUUGAACAUAAGUAUAUUAAAUGGACGAGAUAGAAUAGUUCAUAAGCAACUGUUGUAACUAUCAAACUAUUAUUAGUAGCUAGAAAUAGAGACAUCCAUAUCAUAAGAAUUAUAUCCAUGUGUCUUCGUUUAUAAUUAAUCAAAAGUGAAAAUAUUGAAUAAUAUUCCAAAUUGA